AUGUCCUCCACCUCCACCACGGGCGCAACGCCUCAGCCCGCGCCCUGGAAGUCUUCCUUCCUCGACCACCUCGGGAAGAUGGACAGCCCCGAAUUCGUCUUCUCCAGCCUGCACCCAGCACCCAAUAAAGACAGUCCCACUCCCUACCUCCCACGAGCCCGCUACUGCAUCUUCCGCGGCUUCUGGGCCGAGCUACCGGAGAACAAACACAAUGACGCUCCACGCAAUGAACGGAGUUAUGAGUCCGAGAUGCCGACGUUUACGACUGAUGUCCGCAUGCAGAAGCCGUUUGAACUCUUCUCUUCCUCGUCUGGACACGCGGAUAAAGAGGAACAGGCGAAGGGGAGUGGCGGCGGUGGGCCUUGUGAGGCGGUGUGGUGGAUCAAGGGGGAUACGAUGGUGCAGUGGAGGGUGCGGGGGGAGGCGUUUGUGGUAGGGCCGGAUAUUGAGGAGGAGAAUGAAAGUAGUGGGGUUAGGACUGUGAAGAGUGAGGUGGGUAGUCGGAUGAGGGUGGCGAAGGAGGAGGAGAAGGAGAAGUGGUCGUGGAAGACGGAGUUGGUUGGGCAUUUCGGGAAUAUGAGUCCGGGGAUGAGGGGGAGCUUUAAGAACCCUCCACCCGGCCAGGCGGUGGAUAAGCCGUAUGACGAGGAGCAUCUUAAGCUCGGAGAAAAGGUGUCGACGCUCGACGAUGCCGUUGCGCGCGAGAAUUUCCGGGUCGUGAUCAUCAAGCCGGAGAUGGUCGAGUCGUUGGAUCUCAAAGAUCCCACCAAGGCGCGGAGACAGCAGUAUAGGUAUCAGGAGAGCACGGGGAAGUGGUCGCAUGUCGAGACGUGGCCAUAG